UCAUAAACAAAUUAACUAAUUUGAUACAUGAUAUAUUGCUACUUACAGGAUAUAAAAUAUAUGAUGAGUCUCGUGAUGUUUAGAGAUUACACCCAGAUCCCAUGCAAUAACUAUGGUGUGAGUUGAUUUAUGAAAAUUAAUGAUACCACAUCAUAUAAAUAAGAGGAGCAUCCAAAGCAGGAGAGGAUUUAACAAUUUGUGACUGUAAUAUAAAUAAAGGAGAGGAUUUAGCUACAUGUAUCCGUGACUUUAGAACAUAUAUUUAUUAUUCUUUAGCAUUCAUGAACAUUAAAAGAUUCAGUACCAUACAUGUUAGCAGCAUUCAUGACCAUAACCAUUCCUGAUUAUUAACAGCAUUCACAAGGCCAUUUAAGGAUAAUUCAUGACCAUAAAGCAAUUUUUAGUGAAUAAUGCGACUUAACAUCUUACAACUGCUAUAAAUAGGAUAAGAUCAAUAGCUCAACAUGAUGAAAAGAUUUUAAGAAAAUUACUGAUAGACAUUAGUCUUAUCUGGUGUUUGAACAUUUAUUGCUCAUGGGAGAUUAGAAAAUAUACAAUUAAUUAGCGAGAGGAUAAAAAUUAUUAGUGACCUGACUUCAGUGUGGGAAAUUAAGGAAGUUAUCAACACACAGCCCUUGAAAAUUCACGAAGAAUUAUUAGUUCUUAGUGAGAGUGGAUUUGAUAUAUAGCAUAUUGAUUUUAAUCUAGGAAAUUAUUUUGCUUAUCGAAAUAUUUGUUUAAUAACUGGCUAGAGCUUUGAAAAAUUGAAUAUUAGAAGUAGCGCUGAAGGAGUAUUACAAGCACGUUGGCAGGAUGAUGUCACAAGGAGCUGUAACUGAACUGAUCUGCUUUAUUCUACUGGGAUAUACUUAUAGUGCAAUGGGAGCAAUGGAUAAACAUGGUGGCAUCCAAAUGGGAAAAUUGAAUUCCUGCGACAACGGAAAGUUGAACCUAGAUGUGGAUUGGGAUGGGGAUGCUGUAGAAUAUACAUGUCCUGGGGCAACCUAUCCAGUUAUACAAGGAGAGAAAGCUGCUGGUGUGGAAUUUUGUGAGAAGAAACCAAAUCAGCCAAUCCAUGUCUGCAUGAGCAAUCAGAUAGAGUAUACAGACACACCACCUUUAAGUGGUAAACAUCGUCCUAACUGGGCAAGAUAUGGAGAAUACAAAUAUGUUCCCCCACAGAGAUGGCUACACAAUCUAGAGCAUGGUGCGGCAAACUUCUUGUAUCACCCCUGUGCAGACAAAGAGCAAGUUGAGAUCUUCAAACACAUAGCCAAGUCUUGCCUUAGACGUCAUGUUAUCACUCCAUACAGACAUCUACCCAAGACUGCACCUUUUGCAGUUGUAACAUGGGGAUGUAAGCUAUCUAUGGGAAGGGUAGAUGUCUCAGCAGUAAAGUCAUUUGUUAAGAAACAUGCUCUAAAGACGGAUGAAUCUCCAGUAACCAGAGAUGGGAAGUAUGACCUUGAACUGAUACAUGCUGCGGAUAUAGUCUCUGAUAUUAAGGAUUCUGUAAUAUGUCCUGAACCAUCUAAGUCAAUGAAAGAAAUAUUAGAAUCUGGACGUCAGAACAGUGUCAUUAUGAAGUGACACGUUGAAGAACUAGAUCUAUUAUAAUGUGACAUCACAAUGUAGGAUGACAUCAUUAUUGCAGUAUGACAUAGAAACAAAUGCUGAAUCACCGUAUUUACAAGGCUCAUACAGUAUCUAGUCCUUAGUAUGCAGACUAUCAAAAUGUUAAUCUUAUUGUGCUACAUUGCCUUUACGUCAAAGCAUGUUAUUUGUAUUUAAAAUAAUUU